GUAUCUCGCAAUGCCAAGUUUGAUAUAAAACUUAUAUCUAAACGUUGGUAUACCGAUCCUAUGCAAGCAUCUGAUUAUUCUGUAAUUCUGGGUAUAUCUGCUGUGGAAUUUGAUACAUAUGAAGAAAUAAAUCAAGUUAUUUCUAUUCCCAAAAGCGGGUUAAAAUUUGCACUUGAAAACAGGUUAGUUGAUGAAUUUGUAGGGCUGAUAACAAGAUUUAUUGAAAAUUAUACUGGCGUUGAUACUAAUGAAAGAAUGACAGUUGAUGUUACCCAAAUUGAAAAUCCAAAAAAAUUGAAGCAUAAAGGGCAUCCAAAGUUGCCGAAACCAGCACAGCAGAACGAUCAAGAUUUGAAAACAAGAAGUAAAUCAAGACAAAUCGCUAAAACAGAUACUGAAGAUGAAUAUGGUGAAGAAAGUUCAUCACAAAAUCGAGCUAAUAAUGAUACAAAUAAUGGAAAUUGUUCUUGUCGUCAUUGUGGAAACU